CUGGCUUUUCAAGUAGACGCAUCGAUUUUCAACCAUACAAAUAAACGCCUAUUUAACAGUUUACAAUGCAGUUGCAGUUCGCGGUCCUCGCCCUCUUGACGGCAUCUUUUGUGAUCGUUUUCGCCGCGAACUACUGUGAUGAAUCCUUGUGCGGCUCGACAAAACAUAUAGCGUGUAAUAACGCAGGGAACUUCGCAUCUUCCUGCAAAGGUGCAGCCCUGUUUACACUUAACCAGGCAAACAAAAAUUUGAUCAUCAAUGCCCAUAAUACCAAACGUAAUUUGGUAGCUGGUGGCAACACUGCAUUAGAACCGGCUUGCCGCAUGGCCACAAUGCAAUGGGACGACGAGUUGGCUUCCUUGGCAGCUUUGAACGUCAAGCAGUGCCAAAUGAAACACGAUGCCUGUCACAAUACGAAUGCCUUCAAAUAUUCUGGUCAGAAUCUGGCUUGGAUAAGCUUUUAUGGUACACCGAAUGUUGCUAACUUGUUGCAAAAAUCAAUCGAUUUGUGGUACAAUGAAGUUAAUGACGUCAAAAUGGCUUACAUAAAUAAAUAUCCGAGUAAUUAUCAAGGCCCGGUCAUUGGUCAUGUUACUGUCAUGGUAGCGGAUCGGAAUAUUCGAGUAGGAUGCGCUGUCUCCACUUACGCUGUGUCGGGCAAGCCAUAUAAGGCAUUCCUGUUUGCAUGCAAUUAUGCAACAACAAAUAUGGUAAACUCCCCGAUAUAUACAAGUUGUGCGACGGCGGCUUCGGGUUGCAAAAAGGGCAAAAAUGCAGCCUUCCCAAACCUCUGUUCGAAAGACGAAGAAUAUACUGUGAAUAAAUGGGUUUGAAAUAUAAAAAGUACAUACAUAUAUGUCGAUGGUUCUCUACAGUAAUGACACAAUUCAAAAUUAAAAAAACCCCUUACUCUUAAGUGUAUGUAUGUACAUAAGACUGCAUCACCAAAAAGUUGAGGUUUUUCCGCCGGGAUUAGAAAAUUUAUUAUAUUUUAAGACGUCCACUAAAA